CAGCCGCGCCGCGCGGACCACGGCGUCUUCGCGAAGUAGUGCCUGACAGCGAGUGCCGCCGCGCCGAGCCAGCCGAGCCAAGGCGCUGGGGGACGCGAACGUGUCCGUCACCCUCCUCCCCUGCGCCCCGCGGUCACGCUCAGACACCGCGGAGCGUGUGUGUGUGCGUGCGUGUGUGUGUGUGUGUGCGUGAGCACGGUGCGGCGUGCUCCCAUUCGUGCGCGUGCGUGCGCGAACCUCUGUGAGUGUGUGUGUGACGUGCGCGCCCUAGGACAAGUCCCGCGGCCGACAAGAUGCAGUGCAACUGCCCGGUGACGCGGCCGGGGCCCACGCUGGCCAACGCGUGCGGCGGCUCCGCCUUCAUGCUGUUCAUGGGGCUGCUGGAGGUCUUCAUCCGCUCCCAGUGCGACCUGGAGGACCCCUGCGGCCGGCCCCAGUCGCGCGAGCGGGACCUCAACAACGAGUACGACUUCAUCGUGGUGGGCCUGGGCUCGGCGGGGGCCGUGGUCGCCUCCAGGCUGUCGGAGAACCCGCACUGGCGAGUGCUGGGCAUCGAGGCCGGCGGCAACGAACCCACCGGCACGCAGGUGCCUUCCAUGUUCCUCAACUUCCUCGGCUCGGACAUUGACUGGAAGUACAAGACGGAGCCCGAGGACAUGGCGUGCCUUGGCGAGGACGAACGUCGCUGCUCCUGGCCCAGAGGAAAGGUGCUGGGUGGGACGAGCGUCCUCAACGGCAUGAUGUACAUGCGCGGCAGCAGGCGCGACUACGACAACUGGGCCGCCAUGGGCAACACGGGCUGGGGCUACCAGGACGUGCUGCCGUACUUCCUCAAGUCCGAGGACAAUCUGCAGGCCGACACCAUGGACUCGGGGCUGCACGGCGUGGGCGGGCCGCUGACGGUGACCCAGUUCCCGUACCACCCGCCGCUGUCGCACGCCAUCCUGGCCGCCGCCAUGGAGAUGGGGCAGCCGAUCCGGGACCUCAACGGCUUCCAGCACACGGGCUUCGCCAUCGCGCAGACCACGUCCCGCAACGGGUCGCGGCUGUCCACCAGCAAGGCCUUCCUCCGGCCCGUCAAGGACCGCGCCAACCUGCACAUCCUGCUCAACACCACCGUCACCCGCGUGCUCGUCAACGCCACCACCAAGGAGGCCUACGGGGUGGAGGUGAUCCGCAGCGACGGCAGCCGGCAGAGCUUCUUCGCCAAGCUGGAGGUGAUCGUGUCGGGCGGCGCUGUCAACUCGCCGCAGCUGCUGCUGCUGUCCGGCAUCGGGCCCAGGGAGGAGCUGCAGCAGGUCAACGUCCCCGUGACGCACAACCUGCCCGGCGUCGGCCGCAACCUGCACAACCACGUGGCCUUCUUCCUGUCCUUCACCAUCAACGACACCAACACCACGCCGCUCAACUGGGCCACCGCCAUGGAGUACCUGCUGUUCCGCGACGGCCUCAUGUCCGGCACGGGCUUGUCCGAGGUGACGGGCUUCAUCAACUCGCGCUUCAGCAACCCUGCCGACGACCAUCCGGACAUCCAGUACUUCUUCGGCGGCUUCCUGGCCGCCUGCGCGCGCACUGGGCAGGUGGGCGAGCGCGCCGACGGCAACCCCAACUCCAUGGCGCUGCGCUCCGUCAACAUCUUCCCCGCCGUGCUGCACCCCAAAAGCCGCGGCUUCCUGCGCCUCGCCUCCAACGACCCCCUGGCCCCGCCCAGGAUCUUCGCGCGGUACCUGUCGCACCCCGAUGACGUCACCAUGCUCAUCGACGGCAUCAAGUUCGCCAUCAGGCUGACGGAGACGGCCGCCCUGCAGAGGUACGGCUUCCGCAUGGACCGCACGCCCGUCCCCGGCUGCGAGAACCUGGCGUUCGGCUGCGACGCGUACUGGGAGUGCGCGGUGCGGCGGCAGACCGGCCCCGAGAACCACCAGGCCGGCUCUUGCCGCAUGGGGCCCCCCGACGACCCCGGCGCGGUGGUCGACCCCCAGCUGCGCGUGCACGGCGUGGACCGCCUCCGAGUCAUCGACGCCUCCAUCAUGCCCGUCGUCACCUCGGGCAACACCAACGCGCCCACUAUCAUGAUCGCCGAGAAGGGCAGCGACAUGAUCAAGAACCGCUGGUUGCAGCGGCACCCCAACACGGUGUUCUACAAGAAGUGAUGAACUUUGGCCACCUUGGUCCUGGCCGUUGCAAACUGCUGGACGGUCCCCGCCCCUCUUUUCCCUCCUGGCCCUCCCGCCCCUCCUUGGAGGCCAGGCACGCGCCACCUCGCCCGGCGUCGUGUGUCGUUCGUUCCUGUUACUCGUCAUCGUCAUCGACUGGUCAGGCCUGUGCCAACGCCAAGGGCCUUAGCCAAGGACUGAGCCCCCUGUGUCCCACCCAAGUACUACUGUCCGACCUCAACGGUCACAAACAUCAUUGCAGCGGCAUGCCCUGUACUUCUAGAAAGUUGAAAUCAGAUCUGUCCAUAGUUUUGCUACUUGCAAGAGAAGCCCCUUUAUUUUGAAAACAAAUUUUAAGCCCGUAGCUGACGAGGCCUUGAAACAAUUUUCUCCCUUCUACAGGCACGUUGGGAGGAAAGUUCGGGCUGACAGACCAAGUGAGAAUGAAUGGUCACAGCAUUGUUGGCAUUUUGAUCUCGCACUAGACAGGUGGUAAUUGUUUUCCCACCUCAAGGCAUUAGUAAAUGCAUGCUAUUGUAUAAGUGUUAAUGUUAAAGUCUCCUAGUGAUAGACACAAAAACAUCAUUUCCUACCGUAAGACAAAAACCUUGGUCUUCUAUUUUUUCUAGUAGCCUGGGUAGUUCAGGUUUCACAGCAAAAAUAGGCAGUAGAGGGGAAAUAAGUAAAGAGAAAUCUGUAGAUGUAACUGGAAAAAAAAUCCAAGUUUAUUUUUUUUUUAAACUUCUGCCAUUUAAUUAAAACAAGAAACUUUGCUGAUACAUAAUCAAAAUCGAAUGUUAAAUACCACUUGGUGGUCAAAGUUCAGGGUAGCAUUUGAACAGUUUUUGUAACUUUAACUUAUCAUUAUUGGUUGUGUGAUUGUGCGUGAGGAAUUUAUUUUAUGUCUGAGUCUUUGAGCAGUAUAAAUGUUAAAUAUUCAUAAUUAUUAUUACUAUCAAUAUUAGAAGGAUGGUACUUUUUGAUGGCAGAACUCGUUUCAAAAUGAUUGAAAAGUGUGUUUUGUAUGAAAUUGUUUGCCGCUAGAAUAAACUUAAUAUUUUUAUAAAA